ACAAUGUGGAUCACCUUAACCCUAUCCCUGAUUGGACGGCUGGGUAACGCCGCCACCUACGUCAUCAUUUAUAUCUACGCGGCGGAGUUAUUCCCCACUGUUGUCAGAAGCACAGCCAUGGGCGUGUGUUCUAUAACAGAAAGCUUCGGUGGAAUUAUCGCCCCUUACAUCGUGGACAUACACUUGGUGACCAGCUAUCAUGUAGGAAAAGCCCUGCCCCUUAUUAUAUUCGGAGGGUCUAGCAUACUGGCAGGACUCCUAGCACUGUUACUGCCAGAAACUUCAAAGAAAAACUUACCAGACACAAUAGAAGAGGCUAAAAAUUUUGGCAGGUAGUGUCUAAAAACUGUAGACAAGAUUUAAACUAAACUAUACAAAUUGCUGUAAUUGAAGCCUUAGAUAUACCCAAAUUAUGUAUAGAUUUUUAAAAUUGUG